AUGAAUGAAGCCGAAGGGUCCCUGCAGGACGUCGAUUCUCCGGAAUGUGUCGUGGAGCACUAUGAAGAAGAUCAAGAGCUCGCGCCUGCCAACCUGCACCAGCCUCUCUCGUUUGUUUCGUCGGUGAUCGAUCCCCCAUCCAUCAGCAGCAACUUGGAGGACAUGUCGCUCGCUCCUGAAAGCUUCAGAGAGUCUGUGUCCUCUGCUCCGUCCAGCUGCCAGUCUCGCCCAACCUACUUCGAUGUCCUGGGAGCCGGCAACACAGCCGAAUCCCCAGACAUGGGGCAGGAGGAAUCGAGCCUGGGGAGGAAGCGACGAGCAGACGACUCAGCAGCAGCUGGAUCAUCCAAGAAGCGCAAGCCUGUCGAGUACAAGAUCUCUUGCAAGGAGGGCGGAGAGUACUGCAUGCGCAGGAUCCGAAUGCCGUGGGAGCCUGAGGAGAAUGAUGGCUACGUGAUGUGCGAGAGGAUAUUGAGCAGGCUGAAUGAUUGUGCAAAGGCUGCAACGACGGGCCUGUCUUACAGUCAUCUCUUCUACAUAGACGAAGAGCGCGAUGAGAUCUCGAUCAAAUCCGACCAUGAGCUUUGGGUUGCCAUCAUGCACUUCAAGGAGAAAGACAAGGCCGUGCGUCUCAUUGCCAGAUAA